AUGGUUACUUCCAUGCGCAACAUCGGCUGUUGCUUACAGGAACCCCUCUCCAAAACAAGGAUAAAAACAGUACAAUUUCCGGUUAUUAGCCUUACCACGAUCAUUUAUGUGUUUCUUGCAGCUUCCGGAGUUAUGGGCGCUGUUGAACUUCUUACUACCCUCAAUCUUCAGUUCUUGCGGUACAUUCGAGCAGUGGUUCAACGCACCUUUUGCGACUACCGGCGAGAAGGUUUGGUUAUCCUUGUUUUGAAAAUUUACAGCCGACAACUCUUUUCUUCCGAAUUUCGACGUACCUCCUGCGACCAAAUACUGUAUAAACUUCAGGUCGAAUUGAAUCAAGAAGAAACAAUGUUGAUUAUCCGACGUCUUCAUAAGGUGCUUCGUCCAUUCUUGUUGAGAAGGCUAAAGAAAGAGGUAGAAUCGCAGCUUCCAGACAAAACUGAGUACGUCAUCAAAUGUGAUAUGUCAGCACUCCAGAAAGUGUUGUAUAAACAUAUGCAAAAGGGUUUGCUCAUCGACAGCAAACAACAAUCUGGUGGGCGCGCACUGAUGAAUACUGUUGUUCACCUACGAAAACUAUGUAAUCAUCCUUUCCUCUUCCAAUCUGUUGAAGACUCCUGCAGAGCUUUCUGGAAGGUGGAUGAAGUAUCGGGACAGGAUCUAUACCGUGUUGCUGGAAAACUAGAGUUACUGGACCGCAUUUUGCCCAAACUGAAAGCGUCAGGUCAUCGUGUGCUUAUGUUCUGUCAGAUGACAACUAUGAUGACAAUCAUUGAGGACUUCUUCAACUACAGAAAAUGGAAAUAUCUGCGUUUGGAUGGAAGCACUAAGCCAGAUGAGCGCGGUCAGCUUCUUGAACUGUACAAUGCACCCGACAGCGAGUAUUUCCUGUUCAUGUUGUCCACCCGUGCUGGUGGUUUGGGUCUAAACUUGCAAACGGCUGACACCGUCAUUAUUUUCGAUUCUGACUGGAAUCCACAUCAGGAUAUGCAAGCUCAAGAUCGUGCGCAUCGUAUUGGACAAAAGCGAGAAGUCCGAGUGUUGCGGCUCAUAACUGCAAACUCAGUAGAAGAGCGCAUAUUGGCUGCUGCGAAGUAUAAACUCAAUGUUGACGAAAAAGUAAUCCAAGCAGGUAAAUUCGAUCAGCGUUCGACAGGGGCGGAAAGAAGGCAAAUGCUGGAGCAGAUCAUUAGAGCCGAAUCUGAAGAUGACGAGGACGAUGAGGUCCCUGAUGAUGAGACUAUUAACCAAAUGAUCGCUAGAUCCGAAGAAGAGUUCAAUCAGUUCCAAUCUAUGGAUAUUGAUCGCAGAAGGGAAGAGGCUGGGCAGUUGCAUAGGAAACCACGUCUAUUGGAAGAAAACGAAAUUCCAUACGAUAUAUUGAAAGCAUCUGAUGAUUUUGCUGAGAUGGAAAGAGCUCAGAAAGAAGGAAUAAUAAAGGAAGAUUUCUCAGCAACGGGAAGGCGACGCAGAAGAGAGGUGGACUACUCUACAGAUCUCAUGUCUGACGAUCAGUGGUUGAAGCAGAUCGACGAUGCG